GUUUUUUGUUUGUAGAUAGUGUGUUCACAGACAAAGUGUCUAUAAUAUACUUAUAUAAGGACACGUUGAUAUUUUGUGUAUUGUUUUUAACUGUGAUGUGUAAACGAAGUGGUGAUCCACACUCCGCAAUAUAUAACUCACUUCCACAGUUCCAUUCAUAAAAACUGGUGGCAGCAUAUUAGAGCUGCCAUGUGUCGAUCAUCAACUUUGCCCCUUGUUCAAGCAUUGGGUUCUUCUUUUUAAUUUUUUUCAUACAUAAUAAUAUGUUUCUUAAUUAUCCCAAACCAUAAUAUAUCAUACUUAUGCUCUUGAGGCGGGCGUUUGACGAUUUGGCCAGAGCACAGCAUAGCCAUGGCGGCUAGAGAUACAAACAAAGCAGGAAUUCAAGAGUUGGCAGGAACAUCAUGGAGAAGGAAAAGAAGCAGGAGCAUCUUUGAAACUGACAACCUCAGGCCUAGGCGGAGACUGAGAAUGAAGAAGCAUUAUUCCAUGAAGAAAGUAGCAGAGGCGGAAGAUGAUCAUCCUUGUGGUGAAUCUCUUAAACCCGAGACACCUAAACAGUUGACACCUCGAAAGCGCCGUUCAGCAAAGAAUAACAACUUAUUGGUACAUAAAAGCCAGUUAAUUAAAAAAGAACUAGUCACAGAUGUCAGUAAGGAGGAUAUGAGAAGUUACUGUACAGGAAAAGAAUGCAACCUUCAGCAAGCACUGAACUCUAAUGCACAAAAGUCUAGAAAGGAUAACCCGGCCAUUGUAGACCAACUUUAUGGCAUUCAAAGUUCUCAGACUUCACACAGCAUUGGGAGGUUGGAUUCAGACUCUCUAAAGCAGAUGCACUACGUGUACUGUAGAAGAUCUCAAGGGGAGAAGAUUAUGCCAUUCUUUCGAAAUAUGAGAACAAAGAAUUUUAACUUCAUGCGCAUUCUCUCUGAAAGUAUGAAUGAAGAGGUCAAAGGUAGAAAUCAUAAUACACACUUUUCUUGAAUUUGCAGGGGAUCCUGUUAAACUGUUCUGAUGCCCACGUCAUUCACAUCUUAUAGGGUCACAUAAACUAAGCAGAAAAAAGGUUAUCAGUUCGGCUCUUAGCAAAGAAAGGUCUCCAGGUGGCAAAAAACAAAAGGAAUCUAUCACCAAGAAGAAGAAUAUUGAACAGAGAGCCCUAGUAACCAUCAAGGAGAAAAAGUUGACAGAGGUCAAGUUAGAAGCAAAAGUUGACCUUGACAUCGAUACAAUAAAAGAGUGGGAAUGGUUGAUGGGAAAAUCAGAAAAAGAAGAAAAUGAGGACACUGAAAUGGCUGAGAAGUAUAAAGAAAAAUGGGAGAAGGAAAGGGAGCUUUUCCGAGGACGAAUUGCAUCAUUCAUUUCCCGCAUGCAUAUUAUCCAAGGUAAUAGACGAUUCUCUCCCUGGAAAGGCUCAGUUGUAGAUUCGGUAGCAGGAGCAUUUCUAACUCAAAAUGUAUCGGACAUCUCAUCAAGCUCUGCUUUCAUGUCACUGGCUGCUCACUACCCAAACAGAGACAUAAGUAGCAAAAUGUCAGUGCCUUCAGUGGAAAGUGACUCAAUUGACAAAAGGCAGAUUAAAAAUCUAAGCACGGAAGAAAAGGAGAAGGAAGUAAAUAGAAAAGAAGUUGUAAUGAAUUUUUUAAUCAGGAAAACAGAGAAAGAAGGAUACAGUGUCAACCAUCGAGAUAAUAUAAGAAAGUUGUGUGCUCAAUUCGAUGAUAAAAUGAGAACUGAUGAUACUACAUCCAGUGCUUUAGAUUGGAACGCGGUUAGCUCUUCUCAUGUCGAUGACAUUUCCAAAGCUAUUACAGAUAGAGGAAUGGACAAAAAACUUGCUGAGAGAAUAAAGAAUUGCAUUGAUCUUCUCAAGAAGGAGCUUGGGAGUAUUGAUCUUGAAUGGCUUCGAAAUGCUCCACCUGAGAACGCAAAGGAAUAUCUUUUAAGCAUAUAUGGCUUGGGAUUGAAAAGUGUUGAAUGCAUACGGCUUUUAACCCUCCAACACCAAGCAUUCCCACCAGAUAUUUGAUCACAGUCAAGAAUCAUGGGCAGGAGAAACGGUUGUUGUGGCAAUGGUUUUGUGAGAACAUCGGUCAACUGUGCAUGGGAAGGGAUAUCAAGGACGGAAAGGAGACCACGAAGGCCACAAAAUGGAAACCAAUCGUCUCUUGCUUCAUGCGGGAAUGGAACACUGGACUAGCAGACAAAGUCACGGCACCCUUGUUGUCACAAAGGAAAUUGGUGACACCGGAGGGCAACCCCACAAUUUGUGUAAGAGUGAUUCGAUCCUGAUCACUUCGGAGGCAUCGAUAGAAAGGGCACGAUACUCAGCUUCCGUAAAAGAUUUGGCAAUGGUGUAUUGUUUGGCGGACUUUCAAGAUAUUAAACAGUCAUAAAUAGGAAGAGAUCGGCAUGAGUAAGAAACUAUAGGAAGAAGCAGUGCCCUUCAGGUGGCGCAAGACCCGCUGACCUAAAUGCCAAUGAUUUGUCAUUGGUUCAUGCAUGAACCAAACAGAAUGGUCGGUCGGGUGAGGCUCGAGUAUUGCACUGAAACGAGUACCUGCCUAUAAAGGGGACAUCACAUGUACCAGAGCUAUCAAAUAAAUUUAAUGAAGCAAAGGGCACCAAU